ACGGUAACUGUGGCUUUCAACAUACAUACAACGCACCCUGUGCACAUUCAGUUGAUCUACUGCAGAAUAAACCUGUGGAUGCCUUGCCGAGUGAACGAAUACACAACAAUGCCAGAACUCACGCCAGAGCAGAUUGCCGCAAUCACCAAGUCGGUAUCUGAUGGAUUCGACGAACAAAUUGCGUACACGCAGAAAUUGGUCCAGUUCGGCGGCCAGCGCGGCCAUGAAGACGCGGUACAGGAGUUCAUUUUCGAGCAGUUCGCCAAUCGGGGCUAUUCUCCGGUCAAAUUAAACAUCGACGAGGAGAAAUUGUCGGAGCAUGUAGGUGCUGGUAAAUUCGAUGAGCACCAUUCUCGGAUUCCAGUUGUCGUAGGCGAGUGCCUACCAAAGUCCGAAAAACCGUUGGGUAAGAGCCUCAUCCUGAAUGGACACAUUGACAUCGUGCCCGUUGGCCCACUCGACAUGUGGACCAGGGAUCCGUAUAGCGGACAUAUUGAAGGAGAUCGUCUCUAUGGCCGUGGAUCGGGCGAUAUGCGAGCGGGCGCAGCAGCUAAUCUUUGGGCAUUGGAUGCACUCCGGCGCAUUGGUCUUCGGCCAGGUUCUAAGGUUAUCCUCCAAUCCGUUGUGGAGGAGGAAUCCACGGGCAAUGGAACACUCAUGGCGCAUCUUCAAGGUUACCAAGCAGAUGCUGCGCUGAUACCCGAGCCUGAGGAUGAGAAACUGGUGCGGGCAAACGUAGGCGUAUUGUGGUUCAAGAUCGAGGUUCGCGGGACGCCUGUGCACGUGAAUGCAAUGGGUACCGGAGUCAAUGCGAUCGAUGCCUGCUUCCGUGUUGUCACUGCUUUGAGGGAAUUGGAGGCAGAUUGGAACCAAAGAGGAGUUGGCAAACUCUACUUUGAAGAACAGAAACACCCUCUCAACCUGAAUGUGGCCAAAAUCAACGGAGGAGAUUGGGCCAGUUCAGUGCCCGCAUGGUGUUCGAUUGAAUGCCGAGUGGCCAUAUUCCCUGGAGUCAGCGCACGCUCAGCCGCAGAUGAGAUCGAAGCAAAGGUGGCUACCUUUUCGCAAACGGAUGCGUUCUUGAGCAAAAACACUCCGAAGAUAUCAUGGAACGGGUUCUUCUCUGAGGGAUACGUUCUGGAUCCUGGCAGUGAAGCCGAAAAGAUUCUUGGAAAAUCUCACCAACAAGCAACUGGAGAGGAAAUGCAAACUCACACCACUUUGGCAUAUCUCGAUGGGAGAGUGUUUAGUUUGUACGACAAAAUUCCGGCGUUGGUCUACGGCCCCGUCUCGGCAAACUACCAUGGCUUUGACGAAUGGGUAAGUAUCAAGAGUGUGAAGCGCAUCACGACUGCGAUCGCAUUAUUUAUAGCCCAAUGGUGUGGAGUAGAGGAAUAUUAAGGGGGCAUGAUCACGUUUGGUUUCUCCCCUUAGCUCGUCCAAUCACAUCCACCACGAGCAGACCUCCAGGAACAGAAUCCUCCAUUCGUGGAAAGGAAGAUCUAAGGCACCUCGGACCUGUAUUUCUCUCAGUUAGCAUGAGGCGGAGGUAAGAAGUUGGUACUUGGCACUUGGUACUGGUUUUCCAACGAUAGAAAAGUAAUCAAAAAAAAAUAUUAGUCUACCAGGUAAUUCAUUUCAAGUGGCUAU